AUGAAGAUAUUCAGUUCGCCGUUCGAUCUGACGCUCAUCAGCGAUGAAAUGCCCAUCGGAGACGUUAUACAGGACAUCGUUCGGAUGGGUCCGCAUGAAGAUCCGCUCCAUGUGCUCGACUUGGACGAUGUGGUCCGGAAGCACUACGGCUGGUGUGCGAAGAUGCCCAGGGUGAAGCCGUUCUACGCGGUCAAGUGCAAUGACGAUCCGCGCAUACUGCAGACGCUGAUGACGCUCGGGACGGGCUUCGAUUGCGCGUCCAAGGGUGAGAUGGAACGCAUGAUCGGGUACGGUGUGAAGCCGGAGAACAUUAUCUUUGCGCAACCGGCCAAAUCGAUAGCGUCGCUGCUGUAUGCCCGCUCGAAACAGGUGUCCGUGAUGACGUUCGAUGGAGCGGUCGAGCUGGAAAAGAUUCACCAGUACUAUCCGGAGGCACGGUUGGUGUUGCGUAUGCGGCACGACUCACAGAAGGUCCGAUGCUCGUUGGGCAAGAAGUUUGGAUGUGAUCCGGUUGCGGAGGCUCCGGAGCUGUUGCGCUAUGCGGCCAGGCUUCGCAUGAACGUGAUCGGUAUCAGCUUCCACGUGGGAUCCGACUGUGACGAGCACCAGGUGUACUACGAUGCGGUGAAGAUUGCAAAGGAUCUGUUUGACUACGCCAAGACGCUCGGGUACGAGUUCAGUUUGCUGGACAUCGGAGGCGGAUUCCCGGGUGACAAUAACAAACCGAUCGAUCGUUACGCGAAAGCGGUCAAUGUGGCAAUUGAUCACUACUUCCCGGCAGAGUCGAACAUUCGCAUCAUUGCCGAACCGGGACGGUAUUACGUGGCGUCCGCUGUAACGCUGGUUUCGUUCGUAGAUUCGAAGCGUGUGAUGAAGGAGAAGCAGCAGGACGGGACGGAGAAAACGAGAAUGUAUUACUAUCUGAAUGACGGUGUGUUCGGUACGUUCUACUGUACUGCUUUGGAAGGUCAAAAGGUAGUCCCCCUGGUAGUGGAGGUUAAGUUGAACGUACAGAUGUAUGAAUCGAUACUGUGGGGACCGACGUGCCAUGUAUUGGAUCAAAUAGCGCAGGAUAAAUUGCCCGAGCUAGACGUUGGGGACAGUGUGGUGUUCGAAAAUGUGGGAGCAUACGGAGUGGUGCUGGCAAACGAGUUCAACGGAUUCGCCCUUCCCAAGGUCAUUGGGUAUCUUCGAGAAGGUACUUGGAAAAAAUUACAAACCUUGUCGGGUGGUUCUGUAAAAUCCAUAACCGAUGAUGCAGACGAUAGACAACGAGCUACUGAUGAACAACAUCCGUUCCUCAGUGGGUCCUGCUAUCGCAUUCAUUUGUAUUCCAAGGAUCAUACAUUUUGA